UAUACCUGCUGUUGCUCCAGUUAUCAAUGCAGUACGUCCUUUCCAUUGAUGUUGUAAUGGUUCCAUUGAUUCCUAAAUAAAUAAAUAAUGCGAGAUAAUAAUCAUAUAGCUGGACCUGGGUUUUCUUGUUUCUUUUCUUUUCUCACCAGUAUUUUGUUAUUUUCUAUUGCCCAACUGGGUUGGGAGUUUUUCCGUUCUACUCCUACUAGAACUGUAUUGGGAGGAGCGUUGUGUGCUCUCUUCUAUUCCUUUUGUUUGAUCGGCGUUUGUAACUUGGAAGACUGUCUCGAUUUACAACGAAUAGCAGGAUAUGGAGAAGUUUGUGUAUGUUUGUUGACGAGUUUGUUAUUAGCUGCUACGAUACAUCCAGUUUGUAUAACGACCUGUUUGUUAUUUUCUGUCAUAAGCACUUUGUGUUUACAACAAGUUGCCAAAAAUGUGUAUUUUACGAAAGAAAGAAGAAAAUAGAUAUACAAAUGUUAAAGUAUUUUCAGUGUGUUAUUCAAAAUGAGCCAAAGUAUUUAAAAAGGAUAUUCUACCAGAAGAAACUUGUGAAAACAAUAUAGUAUCUUCUACAGUAGAAUGAUGAU